AUGACAUCCUGCUUGUCACGGACUCUGGCUCCGGUUCGCACUCGCUUUGUCAGUGCUCCUAUUGCCGCAAAGGUGUUGAGCUCGUCUUCUAUUCGCCUCUACUCAAGCACCAAGAGCACAUUCAGCCCGCACAAUAUUCACCGAAUCUCCAACAAACCAGACCACAUACAGACCAAGCUGCCCUCAAAACGGGACGUUGGCAAUGGCAAACGCUUCCACGAAUUUGAUAUGGAAGACCGUGUCUACGCCAUUACCGGAGGUGCACGUGGACUAGGCCUCUCAAUGGCCGAAGCCCUCAUCGAAGCAGGCGCAAAGGUCUACUGCCUCGACCGCCUCGAAACUCCAAGCGCGGAAUUCCUCGCAGCUAAAGACACUGCCGAAAACGAAUACGGCGGUCUCCUGGAAUACGUCCAAAUCGACGUCCGAGACCACAAGCAAGUAGAAGACACAUUCGCAUACAUAGCCGCGCAGCACGAGCGCCUAGACGGGCUCAUCGCCGCAGCCGGAAUCAACCACCUCCAAAGCGCACUCGAGCACGACCGCGCAGCCCUGGACGACGUCAUGAGCAUCAACUACACCGGUGUCUUCAACUCCGCCACUGCGGCCGCCCGCCAGAUGUUCGCGUACCAGGGCAAAGGAUCGAUCCUGCUCGUCGCGUCCAUGUCGGGACUGAUCGCCAACAAGGGCAUGACUUCGCCCGUAUACAACAGCUCCAAGGCUGCUGUUAUCCAGCUGGCUCGCUCGCUUGCCAUGGAGUGGGGACGCCAUGGGAUCCGGGUGAACUCGUUGUGUCCAGGCCACAUUAUUACGCCGAUGGUUGAGGCUGUUUUUCAGCAGAAUCCGGCUGCCCGGGCUACCUGGGAGGCGGAGAAUAUGCUUGGGAGGUUGGCGCUGCCGGAGGAGUUUAGAGGUUGUGCGCUUUUUGCUUUGUCGGAUGCUUCGAGCUUUAUGACUGGUAGCACUAUGCUGAUUGAUGGCGGUCAUACUGCCUGGUAA